AUGUCGGACAACAAUGAAGCGCCGGUGAAGCUCUCAUUGCCGCUGGAAUUCCAGCAGGACAUAUUCCGAGAGCUCCGCGACGAAGAUGAGCUCGUUAUCAUGGCGCGUGGUCUCGGCCUCCUGCGCAUUGUCACCAACCUCCUCCACUCGUACGAUGCUGCCGGGAACAACCUGAUAGUGGUAGUCGGAGCAGACGACCGAGAGAAUGGAUGGAUUGGAGAAGCUCUGGCUGAGCACGCCGCCAUCAGCGCCUCACCAAAAUGCCGUGGCCUCAGUCUGGUCAACACCGACUUGACGGAUGUCGGACAGAGAGAAAAAAUGUACAAACAGGGAGGCAUCUUUACCGUUACAUCCCGUAUCCUGGUCGUCGACCUCUUGACCGAGAACCUCGACCCUGCCAAAAUCACCGGCCUCGUUGUCCUCCAUGCCGAACGCAUUGCUGCCACAUCCCUGGAAGCCUUCAUCGUCCGUGUAUACCGUCAGAAGAACAAGCAAGGCUUCCUCAAGGCCUUCUCCGAUGCCCCAGAACCUUUCGCUUCAGGCUUCGCUCCUCUGGCAACCAUGAUGCGUAACCUCUUCCUGAGACGACCCUCGCUGUACCCUCGCUUCCAUGUUACUGUCGCAAAGUCUCUCGAAGGUCGCCGCAAAGCAGAAGUCAUCGAGCUCGAAGUCCCCAUGACAGACCACAUGCGCGACAUCCAGAAUGCCAUCAUGGAGUGUGUCGAAGUCAGCAUCACCGAGUUGAAAAAGGGAAACACUGGCCUAGACAUGGAGGACUGGAAUCUUGAUAGUGCUCUGCACCGCAACUUCGAUGCCAUCGUUCGUCGCCAACUGGACCCUGUCUGGCACCGCACCAAUUUCAGAACUCGUCAGAUCGUCCGUGACCUUGCUCUAUUACGCAACAUGCUACACUACCUGCUCACCUUCGACGCCGUGAGCUUCUUGAGAUAUCUCGACACCGUCUUGGCCGCAUCUUCUCCUCCCCCUGGCUCAAAUCGUCAGAACCAGUCACCUUGGCUAUUCCUCGAUGCUGCCCAUGUCAUCUUCGACAAUGCCAAGCGACGUGUAUACUCUGGCAACAUUAAGGAUAGCCAGGGCAUGAACUCAAAAACCGGUGUUCCCGAUUCUCUUCGUCCUAUCCUGGAAGAGAUGCCAAAGUGGAAUCUCCUGGCCGAAAUACUGGAAGAGAUUGAGCGCGACAUGUACUUCAAUCCUUCGUUCCAGGACGAAUCAAAUGGCAGUAUCUUGAUCAUGUGUGGUGACCAAGGAACCUGCCGCCAGAUCCGUGAGUAUCUACAGAGUAUGAACGUCCUGCCUGAUACGACAUCGGCAACCGAGGAUCCCGACGAAGAUGCCAGAGGGCCCUCCGGUGCUGCUAUGAUGCGACGAAAGCUCAGAAACUACUUCCUUUGGAAACGAGACUUCAAUCGAGUCAGCAAUUCACUCUUCGCAGAGAACCAGAAGAAUAUCAACGGCACUACUGACCAGCGUCAUGCUCAGGCGGGACGUGGAGGCAGGGGCGGUGGGUCUAAUAAGCGACGCCGUAUGCGAGGUGGCUCAUCUGCUGCUUCCGUUCCUACACGCACAGCAAAUGGCAGUAUCCAUGUGGCAGGAGACAAAGAGUCUCACGUACAAAGCCUUCUGGCUGAGCUUGAGCCUACAGAAGCCGAAGCGCAACAAAAAGUCGAGAUCGGUGCUGACCCUCUGGAUGAUAUGGACGACUUUUACGAACUUUAUGACAUGAAAGAUCUAAUAAUGGUACAUCCCUACGACGGCGACAUGGACGAACACAUCCUGGAGGAGACCAAGCCGAGAUAUGUCAUCAUGUACGAACCUGAUGCAGCUUUCAUUCGACGUAUCGAGGUUUACAGAAGCAGUCACUCGAACCGGAACGUCAGAGUGUACUUCAUGUACUAUGGAGGAAGUGUGGAAGAGCAGCGAUAUUUGAGCGCCGUACGCAAGGAGAAGGACGCCUUCACCAAAUUGAUUCGUGAAAGAGGUUCUAUGGCUGUAACUCUCACACACGACCCUGCAGGGCUGGACCCCCAGGAAUCCUUCUUGCGUACAGUCAAUACGCGAAUCGCCGGUGGAGGCCGACUCGUUGCAACUGCAGAACCACCAAGAGUCGUCAUCGAUGUUCGAGAGUUCCGCUCAUCAUUGCCCUCGCUUCUGCAUGGAAGGAAUAUGGUCAUUGUUCCAUGCACGCUCACGGUCGGCGAUUAUGUUCUGACCCCUGAGAUCUGUAUUGAGCGAAAGUCGAUCAAGGAUCUUAUUCAGUCUUUCCAGAACGGUCGUCUUUAUCAUCAGGCCGAAACCAUGCAACAGCACUACAAGAGUCCGAUGCUUCUGAUCGAGUUUGAUGCUCAGAAGUCUUUUACAUUGGAGCCUUUUGCAGAUUUGUCAUCAGGUGUGGGUUCUGGCUCUCUGCAAGCCUCAGACUUGCAGUCGAAACUCGUUCUACUGACCCUCGCCUUCCCUCGUCUACGAAUCAUCUGGUCGUCAUCACCAUACCAGACGGCGGAGAUAUUUGAAGAGCUCAAAAAGCAACAGGAGGAGCCAGAUCCGAUCAAAGCCGUCAAUAUUGGUCUGGAAGAGAGCGACAUGGACGGCCAAGAGAGAACUUUCAACCAACUACCACAAGACAUGCUUCGCGCUGUGCCAGGUGUAAAUCCGAAGAACUUGACGAAUUUGAUUCUCAAGUAUGAGAACGUAGCGGAAGUUGCCAAUGCUGACGAGGACGAACUGACAGCAUUGAUCGGAAAGGAGGCUGGAAGACAAAUAUUCCGCUUCUUCAAUCGUAGUGUGUUUGAUGAUUAG